AUGAAUGCAACAGAUGUAAAAUAUCUGUCCACGAGUAUAGUGUCAUCACACGAAGAAACAGAUAACCGAAGAGGUCGACCACCCAAUAAGCGUUAUCCUUUACAGAGUCAACAUCCUCAAGCAAAAACACACGUUCUGAUGAACUAUAGUGAACCUCGUGUGCCAAUUCUUUAUGGGCCACAAAUUUCUCGACAGGAUCGUGUUGAUACUCGAGAACGGUAUUAUCGAGCGCUCCUUAAGCUUUUCGUACCUUGCCGCACUGUCAAUGAUCUCUGUGACGUCAGCCAGACAUGGGAAAAUGCUUUUCAAUCUCAACGAGAUCGGAUCUCCGUUGACUCGUGGAAGAUUGUAGAAAAUAUCCAACUCUUACAUGAAUGCAGGAAGGAUCGCGAUGAGCACCUUCUUCAAGUUAUCACUGAAGCUCAAACUGAUGAUUCAGAAAUCGAUCUAGUGCUUCUCCCUUCAGAUCACAAUUUUGAUGAUGAAGGCGAUAAUACAGAUGACAAUGAAGUCUUAUCCGAGUUGUUAAACAACAUACACGAAUAUACAACUACAGCUAUGAAUGUCAGCAAAAGAACGACAGAAGAUCAAUAUGUUCAAGAGGCCAUCGAGGCAGUCGAAAAAGUUGGUCGAUUUAGUAUUAGCAACAAUAGCAAUAUAAACAGCGUUCCUUCAUCUGCUUCGAACGAACUUAUCAACUCAAUGAAUCAACAAUUUACACCCUUUGUUAUUGCAACCAAAAGCCUUGUUCAUUUAAACAAAAAAUGGCAAGAGCAGUUGAAGACCGAGAAGGAGCGAGCUAGACAAGCUUUAAUUACAGGCAGCUCUGAUACACAUGAUAAUUCAUUAGAUACACAAGUUGUAGAACAUACCACAGUAACAGUACUGAAUCCAAGUAAUGAUAACAACCAUAAGACCAAUCUAGGAAGUAUUGGUGGUUCGAUUCUUCCGGUUAUGUCGGUUGCUGCCAAUCUUCCCACGCAAAAAACUAUCGCUGAUGAAUUCACAUUAAAUAGAGAACAAGUAGCGUUCGUCGUGCCGACUCACUUCACCCUCGACUGUGGAAGACAGAUAUACUGUCUGCGUGUGCUAUUAAUGAGGCGAAUCAAUCUAGCAACUUCACGUACGAUGAAACGGUAA